AUGGCUGAAAACGAAAACGAUUGGGAUUUAUGGGCAGUUGUGAGAAGUUGCGGUAGGACGAACAACUCUGUUCAUGAUGAUAUCAACGUUAAUAAUACCUCUGUUCUUGUCGAUCACAGUGUUCAUGAGGAUCCUACUCAUGCUAACUCUGUUAACAACACACAAAACACAACUCUUCUGCAAGAAGAAACUGAUUGUGUCGGUGAUUUUACUGACUCGUUCGUCACGGAAAACAAGCAUUACUUUGGGUUAGAUGAAGUUAUCAGUCUUUCCAAGAACCUGAAUACCAAUUCAAGAAUUCAACCCCACAACCAAGAAAACCAAACUGAAACUAUUCCAAACACACCACUGGUGAUUGUAGAACACGAGGAGGAGAAGAAGAAGAACAAGAAGGUGAGAUACUCGAUGCAGAGUCCAAGUACUGAGGCAGGCAAGGCGUUUUGUUACCGCGGGAAGAGCACUGAAAGAUAUGAACUAUUGGCUGAGAAAUUGAGUGAGGCAGAUCAAUGGAGAUGGAGAAAGUAUGGGAUGAAGCGAACUGGUGAUUCGACUUUUCUGAAGAGCUACUAUAGGUGUAAUGAAGCUAACGAUUGUCCGGCAAGGAGACAUAUUCAGAAAAGCUCAACAGAUCCAAACAAGGUGAUUGUAACUUAUAGAGGCCAACAUAAUCACCCUCCUCCUAACCAACACAUUGCAAUGGUACACGGGAGUCCUAAAGCUGCUGCGCCAGUGGAAGACCCAUCUUUUCCCUCUUCUACCUCUACUUUGUUAUUCAACUAA